AUGCCUUUUGUAAGCCUGCCUUCCGAAGAGGUCCUGUCUGAAGGGAUUAGAAUCAUGCAAGCGGGAUUGGAGAGCGCGAAAACCGCUGCAGCGUACAGCAAGCCUGUGCUUGACAAAUCCGUAAAUCUGACAGCAAAGGCAGCCACAUGGAGCGCUCAAAAUCCAGCUCUAGCUGCGUGCGCAGUUGUCGGUACUACUGGGGCGAUUAUGGUAGCUGCGCCUGGCCUUGCAACAGCCCCAGUACUGUCUAUUAUAGGUUUCGGAAACGGUAUACAAGCAGGUUCUCUAGCCGCAGCCGCCCAUAGCACGAUCGGAAACAUUGGAGCUGGGAGUAUGAUGGCUAUAGCGCAAAGUGCCGGUGCAGGAGGAAGUGGCUUGGCUGUUGUCAAUGGAGUUGCACAAUUAGGAGGCGUUGCGAUGACCGCGGGGGCUUCCACUCUAGCGUGGAUCAAAGCUAGAUUAUGA